AUGCCAUGUUCAUGCAGUUGUAGGAGUCGAUAAUUUUUGUUGCUCGCCAAUUGCCUAUCAUGAAGCUUCAUCACUUUAUCCUACCCACCAUCGCCUUCGCAUCACCCCUGAACUCCGCUUGCACAUCUCCCCAAGCCCUCGCAAACUCAACCAACACCUACGAUUACAUCGUAACUGGGUCUGGUCCAGGUGGCGGAACUAUCUCCACGAACCUCGCCCGUGCCGGCUACUCCGUCCUCCUUAUCGAAGCCGGCGACGAUGAAAGUGCUGAUAUCACGACACAAGUCCACUCUCUCGGCGGCCUGGGUAGUAGCCCAAGUCUGGCUUGGCACUUCUUUGUAAGACAUAGCGAUGACGAGGAGCGCAUGAAGCGGUAUAACCUACUUGUGUGGAAGUUGAUCAAUGGAGAAUACUGGGUUGGGAGGGAUCCGACGGUUGAAGGACAUCAAGGUGCGACGAGGCUAGGUGUCUUCUAUCCGAGAGGUGCGACCUUGGGUGGGAGUGCUAUUGUCAAUGCUGCGGUGACGCUUCUGCCAAGUGAUAGUGACUGGGAUUACUUCGACAAGGGCGUUGGCGAUGGCAUUUGGAGUGGAAAGGAAAUGCGCCGCAUCUUCGAGCGAAUCGAGCAUAACAACUACCUCAAACCUGGAACCCCAGGUCAUGGUUUUAGCGGAUGGCUGCAGACAAACAUUGCUGAUCGCACUGUGUAUGCUGCUGUUUCUCUGCGUUUCAAAGUAUUCCAGGCGGCUUUGAAGCUUAUCGGUCGGGACCCCGAGCAAGUUCUUGAAUACUUGACCGGUGAUGGAAACUAUCUCGACCCGAAGCGCGACCAGACAGAAGGACUCUGGGGUCUUCCCUUCCAUGUUACGUCAAACUGGAAGCGAUUCAGUCCUCGUGACAACAUCCUGGAGACGCUUAGUUUGACGAAUGCGAACGGAACACAAAAGUACCCACUUCAUCUUCAGCUCAAUUCGUUGGCUACGAAGGUGCUAUUUGAUGAGUGUGGCGGCAACGGCACGAAGCCUAAAGCCGUUGGUGUCGAAUACUUACAUGGAAAGUCUGUAUACAGAGGCGACGCGCGCCACAACUCCACGAUCAAGGGAAGUAUCGGCCGGGCAUUUGCGCGCAAGGAAGUCAUUGUGGCAGGUGGCACUUUCAGCUCGCCACAGCUUUUGCAACUUUCAGGCAUUGGACCGAAAGCCCUACUGGAGAAGUUCGAUAUCCAUGUAAUCAAGGAUCUCCCAGGUGUUGGCCGCAACUUACAAGACAAUUACGAGUUACCAAUAUACGGGCACGCCAAAGUAGACCUGAGCGAGACGGUUGAUCCAAAUGCGCCACAAUGCACUCGCGGUGCACCUGGAGAUCCUUGCCUUGACCUGUGGCGGAAAGGGGAGGGUCCAUAUUCCCGUGGCGGCACGGGUGGUAACAUAGUCCUCUUGAAGACCAAAUAUGCUGUCGAAGAAGAGAGGGAUAUGCUGCUAUUCUCAACCGGCAACUUCGUCCUGAGAGGCUUCCAGCCGGAUACCAAUCAAAACCGCACUCUCGAUCCUCCGAAUACAUUCUCUUGGUCGACAGUCAAGAUACAUCCACAGAACACUGCUGGUCUGAUUCAAAUCAAGUCCGCUGAUCCUCAGGACACACCGGAUGUCAACCUCAACUACUUCGUUGAAGGUGCUGACACGGAUCUUGGUUCGAUACUGGAGACGAUUGCAUUUGCCCGUAAAGCAUAUAAGAGCACCGAGGCUCCCGUUGGACCUCUCUUGCCUGUAUCACCCCCUUGUCCAGCCACUGAUAUAUUAGAGAACGGAUUCUGCCGAGAUGUAGAAAUCGAUAAACAAUGGAUCGAGGAUCAGGCUUUCGGUCAUCAUCCUACAAGUACCAACUCGGUUGGACCGGACUCUAAUCCAUUGGCAGUGUUAGACACCAGGCUUCGGGUUCGAGGAGUUGAGCGUUUGAGGGUCGUGGAUGCUUCGGCUUUCCCCCGCGUACCUGGAGCAUUUCCUGUCGUUGCGACUUUUAUGCUGUCUGAGAAGGCCACGGAGUUGGUCUUGGAGGAUGCGAAGAAACUGUAGGGCAAAGGGCAGUCAAUUUGAAGUCUCAAGAACAAAAUAGAAUGUCUUGUUGUAUACUCCAACAACUACGUGACAGGUUCAGCUCAGCCGCACCCACACCUGCAGCCUUGCCA